UCGCUCGUUCUCUCUAGCUCGGUUUAUUCUUAUCUCCUCAGCCUGUAGUUUUGCUCUCUCUGUCCGUCCUUUCCCCCCAUGGAUAAAACCGGCGCGCUCCCGCGGUGAUCUCCUCUCGAUCGCUGCUGCUGCUGCGGACUGUGCCUCCGGGUGAGCAUGGAGGCCGUCGUCGGGGUCAAGUACAGGCCGGUGGUGUUCCCCAACGGCGGCGCGGCGGCGGUGGGGAGGAGUAAGGCGAGGGCGGGGAUUGGAGGAGGUGAGGGGGUGGGGGUGUAUAGGGAGUGUUUGAAGAACCAUGCGGCGAGCUUGGGCGGGCACGCGGUUGAUGGGUGCGGGGAGUUCAUGCCGUCGCCGGCGGCGGAUGCUGCUGACCCGUGCUCGCUCAAGUGCGCCGCGUGUGGGUGCCACCGGAACUUCCAUCGCCGGCUGCCCGAGGCGCCGCCGUCCCCGCCUCUCCUCGCGCUUCCGCCGCCGCCGCCGCAGCAGCAGCAGCUGAACGCUGCGGCGGUGGCGGUGGCGGCGCCGGCACCACCGCAGCUGUUGCAUGGGAGCCACCGGCGUGGGGAGGAGACGCCGGUGGUCGAACGCAUGGCGCACGGCGCCGGGCGGCACCACCACGAGGACGACGACGACGACGAUGACUCGGAGGACUCCGACGAGAUGUCCGACUACGACGACGACCGCCCCACCUCGCCGAUGCCGGCCCCUCCGGUGGUGCUGCAGGCUCCGGGCUACCUCCCCUCCGCGACGCACAUGCUGCUGUCGCUGAGCACCGGCGCCCCGGGCUCCGCCCCAGGCAUGGCGGCCAGGCACCCCACCGCCAUGGGCCCUCCCGCACCAUGUUCGGCAUCGCCAUCGGCGUCGGCGUCGGCUUCCGCGGCGCGGAAGCGGUUCCGCACGAAGUUCAGCCCGGAGCAGAAGCAGCAGAUGCAGGCGCUGUCGGAGCGUCUCGGGUGGCGGCUGCAGAAGCGCGACGAGGCCAUCGUCGAGGACAGCUGCCGCGAGAUCGGCGUCGGCAAGGGCGUCUUCAAGGUCUGGAUGCACAACAACAAGCACAACUUCCUCGGCGGCCACAGCGCGCGCCGCUCCGCCUCCGCCUCCGCCGCCGCCGCCGCCUCCCCCGUUCUCCACCCAGCCCCCCACCCUGCCCCGGCGCCACACGCCCCACCACCAGUCCACACUGACUUCAACAUCAACGGCUCUUCCACUCACUCCGCCGUCGCCGCCGCCGCCGGCGACCACGCCGCGACGGCGAGUGGCGGCUCGCCGCAGUCAUCUUAAUCAAAGACUAGCACAAUCAAAUCAAGGUUGUUUCUUUUUUGUAGCCUUUCGUGUCUAAUUAACCAACCCUAAUGACCCACGUCAACCUACUGUAGCAAGUAGUAGUAGUAGCAAAUUAGCAAUGCUGCUAAUUAAGAAAGGAGGAAGCUUUUCCUCUAACGGUGAGGCCCAAGCAAGAUUAUAUUCAUAAAAAUGUGGCCUUUUUUUUGGGAUCAGAUGACAAAUUAUCAAUGGAAGAUGCAGGAUCAGAAGUAGUACCACUAAGUACAGUGAUUACUAGGAGUAGCUUAAUUUGUUCUUGAGCUAAUCUGUGUGCUCAUGGAUGUUGUGCUAGUCAGAGUCCUAGGUGGGGUAGUGUUCUAGGAUCUCAUGCCGUCCUUGAAUGAAUAUAUAAAAAAAUUGGCGGCUUCUCUGCUCUGUGCCUGCCUAAUCACUGUUUGCAUAAUUACUUUUUGGAUAUGUACUGUUCUUUAUCUGUGUGUAAUGACUGUUUGGUGAUGGAGGAUGAGUUCCUUUUGGAUGUUGAGGUCAAAUUCAAUUGUUUCAUCAGAUCUUGUAGUGUUGUCAUAGUCAAUGAGACAUGCUU